GAGAGAGAGAGAGAGAGAGAGAGAGAGAGAGAGAGAGAGAGAGAGCGUCAGUGUUGUUCGUGCAGUGGACCAGAGAAGAGAGAGACUCAUCACAGAGGAACCAGCGGCUUGUUUUCAGGCCCUCACCAUGACUAAAGAGGAGAACCUGGAGGUGCAGGAGAAGGAGAGGCACGACCGCGAGGAGGAGCAGGAGGAGGACCGCGUCCAAAAGGAGGAGGCUCUGACGGAGGAGGAGGAGGAGGAGGAGGAAGAGGAGGAAUAUGAGCAGGAAGGAGAGAAGGAAGGAGAGGACAGAGCCGAGGUGGAGGAGGUGGAGGAGGACGAGGCGGAGAGAGAGGAAGAGGAGGCUCCACCGUCCGGCGAGCCCGAGCCAGAGCCGGAGCCUGAGCCCGAGCCCCUGUCGGUGUCCGAGUACCAGAGUCCGGUUCACGAGCCCCGACGCAGACCUAUGGUGCACCCCUCCGCCCAGGCGCCGCUGCCCAAAGACUACACUUUCACCUUCUUCGACCCCAAUGACCCGGCUUGUUUGGAGAUCCUGAUGGAUCCUCAGACCACCAUCCCCGAGCUGUUCGCCAUCGUGCGCCAAUGGGUUCCCCAGGUGCAGCACAAGAUCGACAUCAUCGGCAAAGAGAUCCUGAAGCGUGGUUGCCAUGUGAACGACCGCGACGGUUUGACGGACAUGACGCUGCUUCACUACAGCUGCAAGGCCGGAGCGCACGGCGUCGGCGACCCCGCGGCCGCGCUGCGUCUCAGCAGUCAGCUGAUCGCUCUGGGCGCCGAUGUGAGUCUGAGGAGCCGCUGGACCAACAUGAACGCGCUGCACUACGCCGCCUACUUUGAUGUCCCGGAACUGAUCCGGGUCCUGCUCAAAGGCACCAAACCCAGAGUGCUGAACUCCACCUGCAGUGAUUUCCACUACGGCACGGCGCUGCACAUCGCCGCCUCCAACCUCUGCCUGGGAGCCGUCAAGUGUCUGCUCGAGCACGGCGCCAGCCCCAUCGUCAGGAACGAUAAGGGCCAGGUCCCCGGCGAGGUAGUUCCUGACCCGAUGGACAUGAGUCUGGACAAGGCGGAGGCCGCCAUGGUGGCCAAAGAGCUGAAGCAGCUGCUGCUGGACGCGGUGCCUCUGAGCUGCAACCUUCCCCGAGCCACGCUGGCCAACUACGACAACAUCCCCGGAAACCUGAUGCUGACCUCGCUGGGGCUGAAGCUCGGCGAGCGCGUCAUGGUGGACGAGAUGAAGCUCCAGAGAGACCAGGGCAGAGAUGACAGCCCGGCUGCAAAGCUCCAACAGCCCGGCACUCUGAGGUUUUGUGGCACCACGGAGUUCGCCAGCGGUCAGUGGGUUGGCGUGGAGCUGGACGAGCCCGAGGGGAAGAACGACGGCAGCGUGGGUGGAGUCCGCUACUUCAUCUGCCCUCCGAAACUAGGGAUAUUUGCCCCGGUGUCAAAGAUUUCCAAAGCUGUGGAUCAGGCGCCUUCAUCGGUCACCUCGACCCCGCGGACGCCCCGCAUGGACCUGGCCUCCCGCCUCGCCGGGAAGACCAAGAAGGAGAAAGAGAAGAAGGAGAAGCAGAGAGAGAAAGCUCAAAAGAAAAAGACGUCAGUCGCCAGUCUGGACCCGGAGGGACUGAACGUGGAGGUUGGAGACCAGGUUCUGGUGGCCGGACAGAAACACGGCAUCGUCCGCUUCUACGGAAAGACAGACUUUGCUCCAGGUUACUGGUUUGGUAUCGAGCUGGAUCAGGCGACGGGGAAACACGACGGCUCGGUGUUUGGAGUCCGCUACUUCAGCUGCCUGCCCAAAUAUGGAGUGUUUGCUCCACCGUCCCGGGUUCAGAGAAUCGGAGGCCCUAAAGAAGGCACACAGAACAACAACUCCAUGGUGAAGAAAGUCCACCAAGUCACCAUGUCACAGCCGAAGCGUAACUUCAACGCGAAGCGUUCGCCCAAAGACCUGACCUCCGAGAGCUCCAUAUCCAGGCUGCUGUUCUGCUGUUGGUUUCCGUGGAUGCUGCGUGCUGAGAUGCAGUCCUAACCACGCCCUCCUCCUUCCUCCUCUACUUCUCCACCAGAUCAAUCUCUCCGCUCUACUUUCUCUUCAUCUCUCACUUCUUUUGCUUUUGGUCUCUUCAGACGUUCACUGUCGUCAGUCAGACUUCUCGUAGUGAAACCCCCGUCCCUCUAC